CUUCGCUCGUCCGGUCCGGUUCGGGUGGCAAAUCAUUGACAUAUCCCUCCCUCCCCCCCCAGCCCGCAAGCCCAAGCCCAAGCCCAAGCCCAAGCACCCCCCCGGAUUCAAAAUCCGCGCGGGGGUUAUUUAGUGUCCGGCGUGUACGAGACGAAGAAGAAGCUCGCUGGAUCAAAAGCCAAAAGGUGGACCGAGCCCCCGAGUGACGCAAGCGGAGUACGGGGGCUAGGAAGCGACAAGGAAAUGGGUGUAAGGACAGUUGUGUGCGAGUCCGGGGCUUGCAGCAGGAAUUGGCCCCUUCAAUGUGCUGCUGACUUAACAAAAAGCGGGGGCUCCAAAUGAUUCGCGCAAGAUUCUGUUGUGCGCUGUGUCCACGAGAGCUCGGCGAUGGCGGGGGCUCGGCCUGGCGACACCUGCGAGGGCUGCCAGCCCCGGACAUUACUUCUGGCUAUGUCGCCCCGUCAACGCGAAAGCAGCAGCAGCUGCGUCUUGUCUCUUGUCUCGGCGGGCCAGGAACGUUCCAUGCCCGUGCCCCGCCCGUGCUGGAGCGACGUCACGACUCGCGCAGCCAGGGCUUCCCAUGCUGGCGAGCGAUCGAGCGACGUCACGAAUCCAUGCGCUUCUUCUUCUUCUUCUUCUUCUUUUGUGGGAAUAUCGUGUGGCCGAUGUGGAGACUGGUCAGGUACGGUCGGAGAUGUCGCCCAUCGUUCACAGAUCGAUCGAUCCAUGGGUCUUCUUCCAGGAGCAUCUAUGGCAGCUUUUUCCACUCAAAUAAUUCAUCUCCUGUUUGCUUCGAAACGAAUUCUCCAUUCGGACAGGACAACGUCGAGGCCUCCUUCGAGCUCCGAAACGUCUGAUUCUGUUGCCCUGCUGCUGUUCGAUUAUCGUCAAGCAAUGGAGUUCCGGUGGACUGUACUAGGGCAUCUGGACUACGAUCGGACUGGCCCUGUACUCGAUGAAGAGUCUCAUGAGUACCAAACGAACGAGCUGCCGUGAUCUCCCUCCCGUGCAGAGAGGGGCUUGCCUUCGAUUUGCAGAUUGGAUUAUACUCAACUCACUCCCUCGUAGUCUCACGACCGAUUCGCAAGAAUCUGUCAUCCAUACAUUCCAUGUGUGGGUUUUCAGACAGAGGAAAAUUGUUUUGCUUUUGUUAUUUUCCUCCUUGCAAGCCACACCAAAGCCGUAAUGAGUGCAAUAUUCUAUCAUCCCACAUUAUUCUCUUCUGCAAAGUUCCAAGCUUUUUCUUUUUUGGCUCUUGCGAACUUUUUUUUUUUCUUUCUUCCCGCAUCGUCAUCAUCAGGCAGGCAGUUCACACUCUUUACCUGGUGAUGACUAACAGUCACACAAUUAUUUCACGCGAUCGUCGUGUUGUUUUCUCGCUUCCAUCUCGUCCAUUCUGGUGUCUUAGCCUCACCCAUGUUCUCAAAACGGCGCACAGUGCUAUAGUACGAGAUUUAGCUCACAGCAGUCUGAAGUCCAAUGAGCAGUUUGUGCUGAAUAAAGUUCAUUGGGAGUCGCAAAAAGGAGCUCUCCCAGGAUCUCACGAGGAAUCUUGCUGUUGAGGAAGCGAGCAGAGCUGCAGAGCAUUUGAGAUGGACUUCGGGACAAAAAAAACAUCCACUGUGCUGCUGCUGGGUGGUCUUGUGCAAAAGGAUAUGAAGAUGAUCAAGGAGGAUACGAGAAAUAUGCUCGCAAUGGAGACGACAAUGAAUGACACUUCCUAUCAUAAGUUCGGCACAUAAGAGAGCUGAGUGGAGGCAGGAUUUUCCUUGAAGCACGAUCCAUUGAUCCACUCGAGCACGAUCGUAAUCAUUCGAGGGAAGAGGGGUGAUCAUGGGAGAAAAUCGAACUGCUUAAUCUUUGCUCCACGACAUCGAGCAUCAAUGGUGUUGCCGAACAACAUGACAUGAAGAACGCUCCUCCAGGCAUCAGAUUGUGCAGCUUUAAAAUUAUACUCUUACAUGGCCUAAGAAUCACAUCUCAGACAAUCGAAAGGUAUCCUAGUUUCCAUGCCUAGGAGUCGUCUUAUCGUUUCUUGGUGUUUACGUGUGAUGGUUGAACCUGCAAGACAAAGUGUGUUCUCGUUGACCACAUGAUCUCAUACCAACGGGGUCAUUCUUGCAGCAGUCGGCACGUGCUUGUUUUGUAUUCUACAACAUCUGAGGAUGAUGUAAGCAUAACGCUCUUGUACAUCCUCUGCUCUGGGGCCAUGACGAGCAUUAUUAUCAUUGUUAUUUUGUGGUGCAAGGUACAUCAGAUGUUGGCCGAAGGAAAGGAGUGCAAAAUUUCUUACCUCGAAUGAUUUUUCAAUCCACUGUAUCGAAAAUGGUCAGUGUCAUUUUCGUAGUAUAAAUCUUCAUUCUGAAAUUUCUAUCUCAGAUUCAUGUAUAACAACCCGUUGAGGACAGGAGAGGUAUGUAGACCUUUUUGACAUACCUUGCAUCCAAUAAAAUGAUCAAGCCAAAGUGGAUAAAAUACUCUAUACUCCAUACUCUAUACUCUACAAUCUACCGUAGAUCUUCAAAAGCUGUCCCAUAGAAUGAACAUAGACAUUAAAGCAACAGUGAUGCUAUGAAGCUUCGUAGUGUAGAUACAGAGAUGGAUAAGGAGAGUGAUGUAGCAUAGCGUCCUGAGAUAUACUCAAGGCUUAGACGUGCUUAGCGUAGUAUGAAUGCAUCCAAGCAUUCCAAGGAUUGGCGCAGACUCGUGCCUCUGGCUGGCAUGGGAGUUGUGUGCUCCAUGGCGACUUGUGCGUGUUAAAUUUAGAGCCCUCCUCAACGAUCCCUCGACUUCCAUGACCGAACCUUCGACGUGAAAGUUUCAAAUUCGAAGCAGGGUACUCACACCUUUACCAAACUUCAUUGCGAGUAAAUUAUUCCGUGUAGCUCGGUAUCACAUUUGCCUAGCAGAGUUAAAUCAGAGUAUUCCAUGAGGACAUUAUUAUGAAGGAUUAUACCGCAAAUGAUGAGGCCAGGAGUUUGCUACGUUUGCAGAAUGGUUUCUUCACAUAUUUGAAACUAAAGCUAAGAGG